AUGAAGGCCAAAGGUGGUGGGCGAGAACAGGAACGACCGAGCCUUCGUCUGGAAAAACUACAACACUGGGCAAGGCAGAGGCACAGCGGGCACCUCCUGGGGCUGGCGGUCACUCAGUUAUGGCUAGCAGUAGCUGUCGUGCCCCUGGCUGUCUCAGUCACCUGCCUGAACUCUGCCUGUCACAUGACCACAGCAUUACCACUUGGGCCUGGAGCCUCCGGUCUCCUCACUGGGAUUGUCACCCUUGAGCUGCGAAGAGCACCCCGCCUCUGGAAGGUGCGCACUAUGAUGGUAUUCAACCUGUUCAACCUCAUCCUGGGCUUCAUUGUGCUGGUGGUGGAGGUGAUAAAGACAGCCUUGGAGCCGGCCACAACUGCCCCCUCCCAGCUGGCUGGGCUGCUGGUGCUGGAGGUCAGCGCUGAGGCCUUCACCCUCGGGGCUGUGCUGGUCUCAGCAUACGCCCUGUUCCUGCUGAGCCAGAGGAAGCCAGGAUGCUGCGGGAGCCCCAGUCUGCACUACGAAGAACUGCAUGAGGGCCUCUCAGAGUUGGAAGACGUUCCUAGUUCUGACAAUGGUCCCAUGGUCCACAGCACAGGACCCAGAACGAACAAGUAAGCUCGGGAGAGGAGGCUCUUCCACCAUGAGGAGGAGAUGCUCCAGGCGCUCCUGCAUCCCACCCCAGCGAACCUAGAAGCUCGCUGGCCUCCCUAGACGUUUGCAUAACGUCCCAAGGGUGCCUUCCAUUUUCACUCAAGAGCAAGCCCCUCUUUUUCUCCUGCCUUGUUAGGGAAAACAUACACCUGGCUCAUCACAGCCCUCUGGGUUCCCUAUCCUAAAAAAAAAAAAAAAAAAAAAAAAAACUGCUGCAGCCUUCGCCCUUCCCAACUGUCCCAUCCCGUUGCACUCUUAUGCCCGUCUCGCACACCCCUCUCCACUCCCAGCGCCAGUCCUAGCACGCACCAACUCCCUUCCAUCCAGUCACCGGAUACUCUCUGGAGACAACACAUCCCAGCAUGCUCCCUUCUGCCUCGCGGGCUGCUGGGAAAUAAAGAGCUUUCCCUCCGCCGCGAGAUCGCGGUGCAUCUGCUGACUGACGCGAGGCGUUCAAGUCGUGGCCUAGUCGAGAGUUGCUUGGGACGCGACCACUGGCCCCGGAUGAGGGGAGGAUCCGGGCGGGCCGUCCUGCACCGGGGA